GCCUGACCCACUCAUGCACCACGCGCAGCCCUAGCGCUGAGGAGCCGCGGGGCCGGCCCGCUCAGGGCCCCAGAGCUCCCGUGUCAGCAGAGGAUGGAUCCCCAUGGCACUGGAGAGCCUGGCCCAUAGGGCUGUGCUGCCUGGGGCAGAGAAGCAGCGCCAGCCCUGCCCAUUGCUCAGACGCCUUUCCCCCGAUGGCUCAUUGAUCCUCUCUGAGCCUUGGCCCGCUGGGACCCGUUUGCACCCUCUGUGCCUCAGUGUGAGGGCUCCGCUGCUGACACAGCAUGGUCCAGGACUGCUCGGCAUGCUCUGGAGUUCAUAGCGCCAGUCUGCCAGGCCGGGCAGCCCAGGCAGCGAUGGACAAGGUCGGCACGCCCGGUCCCUCUGCUAAGAAACAUGUGCGGCUGCAGGAGAGGAGAGGCUCCAAUGUGUCUCUGGUGCUGGACAUGAGCUCGCUGGCGAGUGUGGAGCCGAUCCGCUCAGUCUGCACCCCCCGGGACAUCACGCUGCGGUUCCUCAGGACAUCCAGCCACGUCCUGACUGGUGUGGAGCUGCAGCAGCGAGCCAGGAAUCUGGCACAGCUUCAGGAGGAGUUCUCGAAAAUCCCCCCCAACUUUGUCAACCCGGAGGAGCUGGACAUCCCCGGACGGGCCUCCAAGGACAGAUACAAAACCAUCCUCCCGAAUCCUCACAGUCGCGUCUGCCUCAGGAAAGCCGGCAGCCAGGAGGAGCAGGACUACAUCAAUGCCAACUACAUCCAGGGCUAUGCAGGGCGCGCCCGAGAGUACAUCGCCACGCAGGGGCCCAUGCUGAACACAGUGGUGGAUUUCUGGCAGAUGGUGUGGCAGGAGGGCGUGCCGCUUAUCGUCAUGAUCACCAAGCUCAAGGAAGGCAAAGAGAAAUGCGUCCAUUACUGGCCUGAAAAGGAAGCCACCUACGGCCCGUUCACCAUCCGCCUUCAGGGAGUGAGCGAGCAGGCGGAGUACACAGUCCGGGAUCUCACCCUCCAGCUCGAAGGUGAAUGUCGCUCAGUGAAGCACGUCUUCUUCCCCUCCUGGCCCGACCAGCAGGCCCCCGAGUCAGCCAAGCCCCUGCUGCACCUGGUGUCGGAGGUGGAGCAGAUCCUGCAGGCUGCACCCAGCACGGGGCCCGUGGUCGUUCACUGCAGUGCAGGGAUUGGUCGGACGGGCUGCUUUAUUGCUACCAGGAUUGGAUGCCAACAGCUGAAGGCCAAAGGAGAGGUGGAUAUCCUGGGGAUAGUGUGCCAGCUCCGCAUAGACAGAGGUGGAAUGAUUCAGACCAGUGAACAGUACCAAUUCCUCCAUCACACGCUGGCUAUGUAUGCUUCGCAGCUCCCCGAGAUGACAGGCCCAUAAUAAUCCCAGCCGUCUGCUGGGCUCUGACUUUCCCCGGGGUACUCUGAAGUCUCCAGCACCUGAGCCGACAGUAGAGCUACCAGGAAAGGGCUCCAGCUAGCCCUGGCUCCUUUCUGCUCACAUCAUGCCACCCUGGCAGCAUGAGAGGAACUGUGGCACCCUUGAAAGCCGUGGCAAACCCGCCCUGAAUCACGCUAAUUACCUCCUGGCAUCUUGUAAUUGGGGUAAUUAACUAGAGCUGCUUAGAAGUGUCCCAACACACAGCGAUGCAUUGCUAGCACAGGUUGGUUUGUGAGCAGAUUUGAACAAAAAGAGGGAUUCCGGUGGGGUUUUGUUGGUGCCAUUUGCUAUGAGCAUGAUGCCAUUUUCACUGACGGAAACGGGCUUUUGCUUUCUAACCUGUGGCAUUCUAGCCCCGACUCGACCAGCAAACUGUGCUAAGGAACUGGAUAUAUGCUAGGAGCUGGAGCAUGGUUUGCAUUUGAACCCUCCAACCAGUUACAUCAAGUGCGGACUGGAGCUGGUUACAUUACAUUGCAAAUAAAUAGCACCCUUGAUUCUG